AUGGCUCAAGAUCUGGACAUUGAUCACUGGGACUUGGAAUGUGAUUUAAACAACACAGACCAUUACACUGACCUCAAUGGUGUGGACCGGCUGAUAGUAAGGAGGGGGCAAGUGUUCACCAUCAGCUUAUACCUUCGCUCAGGGAGCUACCAACCAGGAAUCAGCUCACUGCAAUGCAUUGCCGAGACAGGUCCUCAACCGUCUGAGCAGUAUGGCACCCGGGCCUCGUUUGGCCUCACUCCCAAAAUUGACUCUACGCGCUGGAGUGCGGCAGUCAUUAGCCCACCAGGAGACACGGUGGCGCUGUCCCUAUGCGCUGCCCCCGAUGCACCCAUAGGACGCUACAUCCUGACCAUGGGACACUCUGCAAAGAUUGACUUCAUCCUGCUAUUUAAUCCUUGGUGUUCAGGAGAUGCUGUAUAUCUGGACAGUAAGGAGAGUUUGGAAGAAUAUGUCUUGUCCCAGGAUGGUAUCAUAUUUCGAGGCAGUGCCAAGUAUCCUAUAGCAACUCCAUGGAAUUUUGGCCAGUUUGAAAGUGGAAUCUUGGAUGUGUGUCUAAGGAUUUUGGAUAUGAAUCCUAAAUGUUUGCGCAAUCCAGGCAAAGAUUGCUCAGGCAGGAGAAAUCCCAUCUAUGUGUCCAGGGUAUUAAGUGCCAUGGUGAAUUGUAACGAUGACAAAGGGGUUUUGCUGGGAAACUGGACAACUGACUUUGAUGGUGGAGUCAGCCCAAUGUCAUGGAAGGGUAGUGUGGAGAUUCUACGUAACUGGGACACACAGGCUUGUCAGCCUGUUCGUUUCGGCCAGUGCUGGGUUUUCGCUGCUGUUGCCUGCUCAAUUUCCAGAGCACUUGGAAUACCAUGCAGGGUUGUCACGAAUUACUACUCAGCCCAUGACGUUAACAGAAACCUGGUGAUCGAACGCUACAUCAAUGAAAAUGGAGAACUCAUUCGAACAAAAGAAAUGAUCUGGAACUAUCACUGUUGGGUGGAGAGCUGGAUGACCAGACCAGACCUAACUGGUUCUGCUUAUAACGGCUGGCAAGUCAGUGACCCCACCCCUCAAGAAAAAAGUGGCGGAGUCUACUGCUGCGGGCCCAUCCCUGUUAAGGCAAUCAAGGAGGGUGAGCUCAUGUACAAGUAUGACGCUCCCUUUGUCUUUGCUGAAGUCAACGCUGACGUCAUCACCUUCAUGAAGAAAAAGGAUGGCAGCACAUCUAAAGUCAACUCUACCCAGCUGGUGGGAAAGAUGAUCAGCACCAAAGGCAUCGGAAGUGACAAAAGAGAGGACAUCACUCAUCUCUACAAGCAUCCCGAAGGCUCUGAUGAGGAGCGUGAGGUCUUCAAGAAGGCUGACCACCAAAACAAGCUACUCCAGCUAAAGGAGAAUGAAGGCUUGAAUGUUACCAUCAAAGUGUCCACCGAGAUGAAAAAGGGCUGCGACUUUGACGUGUACGCUGUGGUUACGAACAAUACACAGAGCGACAGGAAGUGCCGCCUACUCUUCGGAUCCUGUGCUGUGUCCUAUAACGGCUUUCAGGGAGGGAACUGUGGCUUUAAAGAUUUACUCAAUGUUGAGCUGUCACCUGGAGGAGCCAGGAACAUUCCCCUACGGCUCAACUAUUCAAAGUAUGGCGCACAGCUUACUGAGGACAACAUGAUCCGUCUGGCAGCUCUCCUGUUCGACUACUCCACCCAGGAUGCAACGUUAGCAGUGAGAAACAUUGUUCUGGAAAAUCCUGAAAUUAAAGUCCGGAUCCUGGGUGAACCCAAGGAGAAUCGUAAACUGGCGGCCGAGAUCACGCUAAAAAAUCCUCUGCCAGAGCCAUUAGAGGAUUGCUGCUUCAGCAUGGAGGGGGCUAACCUAACUGGAGGAAGAGUAAUCUCUGAAAGGCUAAGCUCCACGGUAGGACCUGGAGAAGACGCCAAAGUGAAAAUAUACUUCACUCCAAGCCACAGUGGCCUGAGAAAGUUGGUGGUUGAUUUUGACAGCAACAAAUUGUGUCACGUCAAGGGCUACAAAAACGUCAUCAUUGGAAAAUAA